AUGCGCCUGGACUGCGUGGAGAAACGACUUGCGAAGGCUUUCGGUUAUUACAGUGGUCUCGUAGUCCUCUGCCCGUUGCCCUUCAUCGUUAUUCCCGUUUUCACCACCAUCGGUCUCUCUACAGGACUUGUGUGGCAUGGACAAGCGUUUAUGAAGGAUGAUCUUGAACUCUACACUCCCACUGAUGCACAGGCUCGAGUUGAAGUACGCGAACUAGACUCUCUCUUUCACAUCAAUGACUCAGAUCCCUUUUACGCAACUCGAAGGUAA